UAACACUUCUGUUCGAGAGGACCUUCCAUUUUCUUCUUCGGUUCUUCCAUUAACGGAGUUCUCUCUCUCUCUUCCGCUCUCUCUCUAUACACACUGUAAAGCUAGGGUUCCAUCAAAUUUAUUCGUUUCAAAACCCUAAUCAAGAAGGGGAAAACUCUCAAGAUUGAGAAAGAAUGGAGAUAGAUUCUGCGUCUAAGCCAGUGGAGGAACCUGUAAUACUGAUGCAGACUGAUUCUGCUGAAACUUCCAACACUCAGUCUGAGGAUAUUCUUUUGAAUACAAUGGGGAAACUUGCAAUUGAUGAAACUGCUACUUUUAAGAAGAAGCCUGUUAUUAUCAUUGUCGUUGGAAUGGCAGGUAGUGGGAAAACAACGUUUAUGAAUCGAUUGGUUUGUCAUACAAGAGGAUCAAACAUACGAGGAUAUGUUGUUAAUCUUGAUCCAGCAGUUAUGACACUUCCAUAUGGUGCAAAUAUUGAUAUUAGAGAUACUGUCAAGUACAAAGAAGUCAUGAAACAAUAUAAUCUGGGGCCUAAUGGUGGGAUUUUGACAUCACUUAACUUGUUUGCAACUAAAUUCGACGAGGUUGUGUCAGUCAUUGAGAAACGUGCCGAGCAGCUCGAUUAUGUACUUGUGGAUACUCCUGGUCAGAUUGAAAUAUUUACUUGGUCAGCUUCAGGGUCGAUUAUUACUGAAGCUUUUGCUUCCACUUUCCCCACUGUGAUUGCCUAUGUGGUUGAUACACCUCGUUCAUCAAGCCCAGUUACAUUCAUGAGUAAUAUGCUCUAUGCCUGUAGCAUACUCUACAAGACACGAUUGCCUUUGGUUUUGGCCUUUAACAAGACUGAUGUGGCUCAGCAUGAGUUCGCUUUGGAGUGGAUGAAAGAUUUUGAGGUAUUUCAAGCGGCACUGGAUUCUGACAACUCGUACACAUCAACCUUAACAAGAAGCCUCUCACUUGUCCUGGACGAAUUCUACAACAAUCUCCGCUCAGUCGGUGUAUCUGCAGUUACUGGAGCUGGUAUGGAUGCUUUCUUCAAGACCAUAGACGCAAGUGCUGAUGAGUAUAUGGAGACCUAUAAGAAAGAUCUUGACAAGAGACGGGAAGAGAAGCAGCGGUUGGAAGAGGAACGCAGGCGACAGAACAUGGAUAAGCUAAGGAAGGACAUGGAGAAAUCUGGUGGAGAAUCCGUGGUUCUGAGUACUGGGUUGAAGGACAAACCAACCACUAGCAAGAGCAUGAUGGAUGAAGAUGAAGACGAGGAAGAUGAAGAUUGGGAAGAUGAUAUUGAGGACGACUUUGGUACGAUUACUGAUGAUGAAGAAAUAGGUGACGACGAUGAUGAUGAAGUUGUUGCAAGCUACAACUUUUAGAUCCUGACAGAGCAUGGUUCUGGGGUACACUUUUUGUUUUCCUUUUUAUGGGCGACUACUUAAAAACUACUAAAACAGUAUUAUAGACAGGUUGCACCCAUCUUGGUAAAUAAUGUAUUUUGGUAUGGGUGCUAUAUCAUGUGUGUCUUUUAACUGGACAUCAAACACUGCUGCUUUCUAACUGGAUAUGACAUUUGAUUAAUGUCAGAAUUUGAGUUCUAGACAGCUACCCUGGUUAAUCAGAUAUUUAUAAAGAAGGUUACAGUUAUGGUA